AUGCUACUGAAGGUGAAUUUAUUCUGUGGUAGAGAUAAACGUGGAGGUCCUAUUUUAACCUUUCCAGCUCGCAGCAAUCAUGAUAGAAUACGACAGGAGGAUCUGAGAAGACUCAUUUCAUACCUAGCCUGUAUUCCUAGCGAAGAAGUCUGUAAACGAGGAUUCACAGUUAUUGUGGACAUGCGUGGAUCCAAAUGGGACUCUAUUAAGCCUCUACUGAAGAUUUUGCAAGAGUCCUUUCCUUGUUGUAUUCAUGUUGCACUGAUAAUCAAGCCAGACAACUUUUGGCAGAAACAAAGGACUAACUUUGGCAGUUCUAAAUUUGAAUUUGAGACAAAUAUGGUCUCUUUAGAAGGCCUUACCAAAGUAGUUGAUCCUUCUCAGCUAACACCUGAAUUUGAGGGCUGCCUGGAAUACAACCAUGAAGAAUGGAUAGAAAUCAGAGUGGCUUUUGAAGACUACAUUAGCAAUGCAACCCAUAUGCUAUCUAGGCUGGAGGAGCUUCAGGACAUCCUAGCAAAGAAGGAGCUGCCUCAGGAUUUGGAAGGGGCUCGGAACAUGAUUGAGGAACAUUCUCAGCUGAAGAAGAAAGUGAUAAAGGCCCCCAUAGAGGACUUGGAUUUGGAAGGGCAGAAACUACUCCAGCGGAUACAGAGCAGCGAUAGCUUUCCCAAAAAGAACUCUGGGUCAGGGAAUGCUGACUUGCAGAAUCUCUUACCCAAAGUGUCCACCAUGUUGGAUAGACUGCACUCAACACGGCAGCAUCUGCAUCAGAUGUGGCAUGUGAGGAAGCUAAAACUGGACCAGUGCUUUCAGCUGAGGCUGUUUGAACAGGAUGCUGAAAAGAUGUUUGACUGGAUCACACACAACAAAGGCCUGUUCUUAAACAGCUACACCGAGAUUGGAACAAGUCAUCCGCAUGCUAUGGAGCUUCAGACGCAGCACAAUCACUUUGCCAUGAAUUGUAUGAAUGUGUAUGUAAACAUAAACCGCAUCAUGUCAGUAGCAAAUCGCUUGGUAGAGUCUGGCCAUUAUGCUUCUCAGCAGAUUAAGCAGAUUGCCAAUCAGCUGGAGCAAGAGUGGAAGGCUUUUGCUGCAGCCUUAGAUGAAAGAAGCACCUUACUGGAUAUGUCCUCCAUCUUCCACCAGAAGGCUGAAAAGUACAUGAGCAACGUAGAUUCAUGGUGCAAAGCCUGUGGCGAGGUAGAGCUUCCUUCUGAGCUGCAGGAUUUAGAAGACGCGAUUCACCAUCACCAAGGAAUAUAUGAACAUAUCACCCUUGCUUACUCAGAAGUAAGCCAAGAUGGGAAAUCCCUGCUUGACAAGCUCCAACGACCUUUAACUCCUGGCAGUUCGGAUUCAUUGACAGCCUCUGCAAACUACUCCAAGGCUGUGCACCAUGUUCUUGAUGUCAUCCAUGAAGUUCUUCACCAUCAGAGGCAACUAGAAAACAUCUGGCAGCACCGGAAGGUCCGCCUGCAUCAGAGGCUUCAGCUGUGUGUUUUCCAACAGGACGUUCAACAGGUGUUAGACUGGAUUGAGAACCAUGGAGAAGCAUUUCUAAGCAAGCAUACCGGCGUGGGCAAAUCUCUCCACAGGGCCAGAGCACUGCAGAAACGUCACGAGGACUUUGAGGAGGUAGCACAGAACACAUACACCAAUGCUGAUAAAUUACUAGAAGCAGCUGAACAGCUGGCUCAGACUGGAGAAUGUGACCCAGAAGAGAUUUAUCAGGCAGCCCAUCAGCUUGAAGACCGGAUACAAGAUUUUGUUCGUCGGGUAGAGCAGCGCAAGAUCUUGCUGGACAUGUCUGUUUCUUUUCACACACAUGUAAAAGAGCUCUGGACAUGGCUGGAAGAAUUACAGAAAGAGCUUCUGGAUGAUGUUUACGCGGAGUCGGUGGAGGCCGUUCAGGACUUGAUCAAACGCUUUGGUCAACAGCAACAGACCACCCUGCAGGUCACCGUCAAUGUGAUCAAGGAGGGGGAAGAUCUCAUCCAACAGCUGAGGGAUUCUGCCAUCUCCAGUAACAAGACCCCUCACAACAGCUCCAUCAAUCAUAUUGAAACAGUCUUGCAGCAGCUGGAUGAGGCCCAGUCUCAAAUGGAAGAACUUUUUCAGGAGCGGAAGAUCAAACUUGAACUCUUCUUGCAAUUGCGUAUUUUUGAAAGGGAUGCCAUAGAUAUCAUCUCAGACCUUGAAUCUUGGAAUGAUGAGCUUUCUCAGCAGAUGAAUGACUUUGACACUGAAGAUCUCACAAUAGCAGAACAGCGGCUCCAGCACCACGCAGACAAAGCACUAACGAUGAAUAAUUUGACCUUCGAUGUCAUCCACCAAGGACAAGAUCUCCUGCAGUAUGUUAAUGAAGUACAAGCCUCUGGUGUUGAGUUGCUCUGUGAUAGAGAUGUGGAUAUGGCCACCCGGGUCCAGGACUUAUUGGAGUUUCUUCAUGAAAAACAGCAGGAGUUGGACUUAGCAGCAGAGCAGCAUCGGAAACACUUGGAGCAGUGUGUACAGCUGCGCCAUCUGCAGGCAGAAGUUAAACAGGUGCUGGGUUGGAUCCGCAAUGGAGAAUCCAUGUUAAAUGCUGGACUCAUCACAGCUAGCUCAUUACAAGAGGCUGAACAGCUGCAGCGAGAACAUGAGCAAUUCCAGCAUGCCAUUGAGAAGACACAUCAGAGUGCCCUGCAGGUACAACAGAAGGCCGAGGCUAUGCUUCAAGCCAACCACUACGACAUGGACAUGAUUAGGGACUGUGCCGAGAAAGUAGCCUCUCAUUGGCAGCAACUUAUGCUGAAGAUGGAGGACCGCCUCAAGCUGGUCAAUGCCUCUGUUGCCUUCUAUAAAACAUCAGAACAGGUGUGUAGCGUCUUAGAGAGCCUGGAACAGGAAUACAAGAGAGAAGAAGACUGGUGUGGGGGAGCUGACAAACUGGGUCCCAACUCUGAGACAGACCAUGUGACCCCAAUGAUUAGCAAACACCUGGAACAAAAGGAAGCAUUCCUGAAGGCUUGCACACUCGCUCGAAGGAAUGCAGAUGUUUUCUUGAAAUAUCUACACAGGAACAGCGUAAAUAUGCCAGGGAUGGUGACCCACAUCAAAGCUCCUGAGCAACAAGUGAAGAAUAUUUUGAAUGAACUCUUCCAGCGGGAGAACAGGGUAUUGCACUACUGGACCAUGAGAAAGAGACGAUUAGACCAGUGCCAGCAGUACGUGGUUUUUGAAAGAAGUGCCAAACAGGCUCUGGAAUGGAUCCAUGAUAAUGGAGAGUUUUAUUUGUCUACACACACGUCUACUGGUUCCAGUAUACAGCACACUCAAGAACUGUUGAAAGAACACGAGGAGUUUCAGAUUACUGCAAAGCAAACCAAAGAGAGGGUAAAGCUGUUGAUACAGCUGGCUGAUGGCUUUUGUGAAAAGGGGCAUGCCCAUGCAGCAGAGAUUAAAAAAUGUGUCACUGCUGUGGAUAAAAGGUACAGAGAUUUCUCUCUGCGGAUGGAAAAAUAUAGGACUUCUUUGGAAAAGGCUCUGGGGAUCUCUUCAGAUUCCAAUAAAUCGAGUAAAAGCCUUCAGCUGGAUAUAAUCCCAGCCAGUGUCCCUGGGUCAGAAGUCAAACUGCGGGAUGCUGCUCAUGAACUUAAUGAAGAAAAGCGAAAAUCUGCUCGCAGAAAAGAGUUCAUAAUGGCUGAAUUAAUUCAGACUGAAAAGGCUUAUGUGAGAGACCUUCGGGAAUGUAUGGAUACAUAUCUGUGGGAAAUGACCAGCGGUGUUGAGGAGAUCCCACCUGGCAUUGUAAACAAAGAACAUAUUAUCUUCGGAAACAUGCAGGAAAUCUAUGAGUUUCAUAAUAACAUAUUUUUAAAAGAGCUGGAAAAGUAUGAACAGCUACCAGAAGAUGUUGGACAUUGCUUCGUUACUUGGGCAGACAAGUUUCAGAUGUAUGUCACAUAUUGUAAAAAUAAGCCAGAUUCUACUCAGCUGAUAUUAGAGCAUGCAGGAUCCUAUUUUGAUGAGAUACAACAACGGCAUGGACUAGCCAACUCCAUUUCUUCGUACCUUAUUAAGCCUGUCCAGCGAAUAACAAAAUAUCAGCUCCUUUUAAAAGAGCUGCUCACCUGCUGUGAAGAAGGCAAAGGCGAAAUUAAAGAUGGCCUCGAGGUGAUGCUCAGUGUGCCAAAACGAGCCAACGAUGCCAUGCACCUUAGCAUGCUUGAAGGGUUUGAUGAGAAUAUUGAAUCUCAGGGAGAACUUAUCCUUCAGGAAUCCUUCCAAGUCUGGGACCCAAAAACUUUAAUUCGAAAGGGUCGGGAGAGGCAUCUCUUUCUUUUUGAGAUGUCCUUAGUAUUCAGUAAAGAGGUGAAAGAUUCCAGUGGAAGAAGCAAGUACCUUUAUAAAAGCAAACUCUUUACCUCAGAACUGGGUGUUACAGAACACGUUGAAGGAGAUCCUUGCAAAUUUGCACUGUGGGUAGGAAGGACCCCAACUUCUGAUAAUAAAAUCGUCUUAAAGGCUUCCAGUAUAGAGAAUAAGCAGGACUGGAUCAAACACAUUCGAGAGGUGAUACAGGAAAGAACCAUUCAUUUGAAAGGAGCACUGAAAGAACCAAUUCAUAUUCCUAAAACAGCUCCAACAGCUAAACAGAAGGGAAGAAGGGAUGGAGAGGACUUGGAUAGUCAAGGUGAUGGUAGCAGCCAGCCUGAUACCAUUUCAAUUGCCUCCCAUACUUCUCAGAAUACCCUGGACAGUGAUAAACUGUCUGGUGGCUGUGAGCUGACAGUAGUGAUCCAUGACUUCACAGCAUGUAACAGCAAUGAACUGACCAUCCGCCGGGGCCAGACGGUGGAAGUUUUGGAGAGGCCACAUGACAAGCCUGAUUGGUGUCUUGUCCGAACCACUGAUCGGUCCCCUGCUGCAGAAGGCCUGGUUCCUUGUGGUUCCCUUUGUAUUGCCCACUCUAGAAGCAGCAUGGAGAUGGAGGGCAUCUUUAACCACAAAGACUCUCUUUCUGUCUCAAGUAAUGAUGCCAGCCCUCCUGCUUCAGUAACAUCACUGCAGCCUCAUAUGAUUGGGGCACAGAGUUCUCCAGGUCCCAAGCGUCCAGGUAAUACCCUGAGGAAGUGGCUUACCAGCCCCGUGAGACGUCUCAGCAGUGGGAAGGCCGAUGGGCACGUGAAAAAGCUUGCCCAUAAGCAUAAAAAGAGCAGAGAAGUCCGUAAGAGUGCAGAUGCUGGCUCUCAGAAAGAUUCGGACGACAGUGCCGCCACUCCGCAGGAUGAGACAAUAGAAGAGAGAGGUCGGAAUGAAGGGCUAAGCAGUGGCACACUCUCCAAGUCUUCCUCUUCAGGAAUGCAGAGUUGUGGAGAAGAAGAGGGAGAAGAAGGUGCGGAUUCAGUUCCCCUUCCACCGCCAAUGGCAAUCCAGCAGCACAGCCUCCUUCAGCCAGACUCCCAGGACGAUAAGACAUCAUCCCGGUUGUUGGUCCGUCCCACCAGCUCCGAAACACCCAGCGCAGCAGAGCUUGUCAGUGCCAUUGAAGAGCUUGUGAAAAGUAAAAUGGCACUGGAAGAUCGUCCUAGCUCACUCUUAGUAGACCAAGGUGAUAGUAGUAGCCCAUCUUUCAACCCUUCAGAUAAUUCUCUCCUGUCCUCCUCUUCACCCAUUGAUGAGAUGGAAGAAAGAAAAUCCAGCUCCUUAAAGAGACGACACUAUGUCCUACAAGAAUUAGUGGAGACAGAGCGGGACUAUGUACGGGACCUAGGCUAUGUAGUUGAGGGGUACAUGGCACUUAUGAAAGAAGAUGGUGUCCCUGAUGACAUGAAAGGAAAAGAUAAGAUUGUGUUUGGCAACAUCCAUCAGAUAUAUGAUUGGCACAGAGACUUCUUUUUGGGAGAAUUGGAAAAGUGCCUUGAAGAUCCAGAAAAACUGGGAUCCCUUUUUGUUAAGCAUGAGAGACGGUUGCACAUGUACAUAGUUUAUUGCCAAAAUAAACCAAAGUCUGAGCACAUUGUCUCAGAAUACAUUGAUACAUUUUUUGAGGAUUUAAAGCAACGACUGGGCCAUAGACUGCAACUCACAGAUCUACUAAUAAAACCAGUGCAAAGAAUUAUGAAAUACCAACUGCUACUAAAGGAUUUCCUCAAAUACUCCAAAAAAGCUAGUCUGGACACAACAGAGUUAGAGAGAGCUGUAGAAGUCAUGUGUAUAGUACCAAAGCGGUGCAACGACAUGAUGAAUGUUGGUCGCCUACAAGGAUUUGAUGGUAAAAUCGUAGCCCAGGGUAAGCUGCUUCUACAGGACACGUUCUUGGUCACAGACCAGGAUGCAGGUCUUCUGCCUCGCUGCAAAGAGAGACGUGUUUUUCUCUUUGAGCAAAUCGUUAUAUUCAGUGAGCCACUUGACAAAAAAAAAGGUUUCUCCAUGCCAGGAUUCUUGUUUAAAAAUAGCAUCAAGGUGAGUUGUCUUUGCUUGGAGGAAAAUGUGGACAAUGAUCCUUGUAAAUUUGCACUGACAUCAAGAACAGGGGAUGUCGUGGAGACCUUUGUUUUACAUUCCUCCAGUCCAGGGGUCCGGCAAACAUGGAUCCAUGAAAUUAACCAAAUUUUGGAAAACCAGCGCAACUUUUUAAAUGCCUUGACUUCACCAAUCGAGUAUCAGAGGAACCACAGCGGUGGUGGCGGUGGCAGUAGCAGCCCGGGUCCCAGCAGCAGCAACCACAGCGGCGGCCCCGGCAGCUGCAGCGGAAUCCCCAGCUCUAGCCGCAGCAGGCCGUCCCGGAUCCCGCAGCCUGUCAGACACCACUCCCCAGUCCUGGUCUCCUCUGCAGCCUCAGCCCAGGCAGAGGCAGACAAGAUGUCAGGUAUGUCCAUUCCCAAUCCUUCCCUGCCAUCUCACAGCAACACCUCCUUAGAAACUGGCCUCAGCCAGCCAAACAGGCAUCCUCCCAGUGGAGAGCCAGAGGGUCCUGAGAGAGAAGCGGAGAAAAUACCCAAGAUGAAAGUCAUUGAGAGUCCCCGGAAGACGCCUGGGAAUGUUUCCAGCUCGACCCAGGAUGGACCCCACAAGGAAACUCGAGGGAACAUAGAGGACAACCGUUCCAGGAGCAGCAUAGGGUCCUUGACACUGGGGAAGCCAAGACCCGGAGCCAUCUCCCCACUGAACUCUCCCCUCUCCACAACUCUCCCUUCGCCUUUCGGCAAGGAGUUAUUUCCGCCCAGCAGCCCCCUUCAGAAGGGGGGCUCCUUUUGGAGCUCCAUCCCAGCAUCUCCUGCCAGCCGCCCCGGCUCCUUCACUUUCCCCGGGGACAGUGACUCCCUCCAGAGGCAGGUCCAUCGCCAUUCAUCACACAGCAAGGACACAGACCGCAUGAGCACGUGCUCCUCGACCAGCGAGCAGUCAGUGCACUCCACCCAGAGUAAUGGGAGUGAAAGUAGCAGCAGUAGCAAUAUCUCCACCAUGCUGGUGACACACGAUUACACGGCAGUGAAGGAGGAUGAGAUCAAUGUCUAUCAAGGAGAGGUCGUGCAAAUUCUAGCCAGCAAUCAACAGAACAUGUUUUUGGUGUUCCGAGCCGCCACUGACCAAUGUCCCGCAGCAGAGGGCUGGAUUCCCGGCUAUGUCCUGGGGCAUACCAGUGCAGUCAUCAUAGAGAACCCUGAUGGCACUAUGAAGAAGUCAACAUCUUGGCACACAGCACUCCGUUUAAGGAAAAAAUCUGAGAAAAAAGAUAAAGACGGCAAAAGGGAAGGCAAAUUAGAAAAUGGUUACCGCAAAUCACGAGAAGGACUUACCAACAAAGUUUCUGUGAAGCUUCUUAAUCCCAACUACAUUUAUGAUGUUCCCCCAGAAUUUAUAAUACCAUUGAGUGAGGUAACAUGUGAGACAGGAGAGACCAUUGUUCUUAGAUGUAGAGUUUGUGGUCGCCCCAAAGCUUCAAUAAUUUGGAAGGGCCCCGAACACAACACAUUGAACAGUAAUGGACGCUACAGCAUCUCAUACAGUGAUUUAGGAGAGGCCACUCUGAAAAUAAUUGGUGUGACCAUGGAAGAUGAUGGUAUCUACACGUGUAUAGCUGUGAAUGACAUGGGUUCAGUAUCAUCUUCAGCCAGUCUGAGAGUUCUAGGUCCAGGAAGUGAUGGGAUCAUGGUAAUUUGGAAAGACAACUUUGAUUCCCUCUACAGUGAAGUGGCUGAGCUUGGCAGGGGCAGGUUCUCUGUUGUUAAGAAGUGUGAUCAGAAAGGAACCAAGCGAUCAGUGGCCACUAAGUUUGUGAACAAGAAGCUGAUGAAACGAGACCAAGUUACCCAUGAACUUGGAGUCAUGCAGAAUCUCCAGCAUCCCCUGCUAAUUAGCCUCCUUGAUACGUUUGAGACUUCCACCAGUUAUGUCCUGGUCUUAGAGAUGGCUGAUCAAGGCCGUCUUUUAGACUGUGUUGUGCGAUGGGGGAACCUCACUGAAGGGAAGAUUAGAAUGUAUCUUGGAGAGAUUCUGGAAGCUGUGCAGUACCUUCAUAACUGCAGAAUAGUACAUCUGGACCUAAAGCCUGAAAAUAUUCUGGUGGAUCAGAGCUUGGCUAAGCCCACAAUAAAACUGGCUGACUUUGGAGAUGCAGUCCAACUCAACACAACUUACUAUAUCCACCAGUUACUGGGGAACCCAGAAUUUGCAGCUCCCGAAAUCAUCCUUGGGAAUCCUGUCUCCCUUACCUCAGAUACUUGGAGUAUUGGAGUGCUCACGUACGUCCUUCUUAGUGGUGUAUCUCCUUUCCUGGAUGACAGUGUAGAAGAAACAUGCCUAAACAUUUGCCGCUUAGACUUUAGUUUCCCAGAUGACUACUUUAAAGGAGUUAGCCAGAAGGCCAAAGAUUUUGUAUGUUUCCUACUACGAGAUGACCCUGCUCAGCGUCCUUCUGCUGCACUCUCCCUCCAGGAUCAGUGGCUGCAGCUGGGCAGUAACACCAGUGCUGAUAGCCUUGAUAUAUCAAGACUGACUUCUUUCAUAGAGCGGCGAAAACACCAGAAUGAUGUUCGACCCAUUCGUAGCAUCAAAAACUUCUUACAGAGCAGGCUCUUGCCUAGGGUUUGACCUAUCUUGAAGUUCUUUCUCAUUCUCUUUCACCUGCCAAUCAACUGUUAAUUUGAAUUUUGAGGAGAAAAAAAAAAACACAGCCAAUCAGCUGCUAGUAUGUUCAUCGUGUGAAAUUGCAUUCCAAGCUGUGAGUAACAGUACUUGGGACUUAUAGAUGCAAGCUAUGCUGGGGUGGAGGACUUUAACAUUAUACUCUGCAAAAAGGCAGAUAGAGCAUUGCUGUAUCACAGUAUUUUAUUCAGGUUUCUGCAAAAAAAAAAAAGAUACUUUUUUAAAAAACGAACAGGAAUAGAAUUUUGCAAAAUUAACGUUUUCAAGAUUUAUUCAAGAAAAAUAAAUGCCUAUGUUCAAACCACUGGUAUUAAUGAACAAAACAAAGACACAUAUCUGGAGAAGACUCACUCAAAUGGUUAUCCAUUAAUAUGGCUUCCAUUUGCAACUUGGUUUCAACCGGGUCAUAGAGCUUGUCCAGUUGCCUCAUCUAUCUGUAUCUUGCAUAGCAAUGCACUGAGACCAGAUUUGUCUUUUGAGUGCAUCCAACCUCAAACUUUUGCAUACAAAUAGAAUGAAUCGUUUUGCUCUGAUAAAAUGUAGGCCUUACUUGUAUAUAGACUGUUCCUGCCUUCAGUCUGUAAUUCCCCCUCUUACCUUCAACUUACCCCACACCCCCUCAGCGUCCUAAAUAGUGGCCUACCACUAUUCAGGUCCUUCAGUUGGGGGUCAAAGUUUACUAGCCCAUCAGAAAAGGACUCCAAGGGCAGAUCCUACUCCUGUCGCUCCCCCCCACCUCUUCCCAUAUCCCACCAAACCCAUCAAUCAGAUUGUUGAGCAGUAUACAGCCAGAUGAAAAUACUGUAAAUGCACUCAUUGGGAUUUUUCUGUUUGAUUUCAUAUCAUGUGCAAUGUUGUGGCUUUAACAUUUUAUGCAACUAUUUAUGAGGACCUCUGUUGUAACUGUAAUAAAUAUAUAGAAAAAGCACAUACUUAGUACGGUGAGCUUUAUGGUUUUGUGUGUGUGACUAAAGGGUUUUUUUGGGGGGAACAAGGGGGUGGGCAAAGGGAUUGUAUCACUGUGCCAUUAGUUUUUAAGAUAGUUAACACAUAGCAAAAAUUCUUGUCAGUUUUGAGGACUGUAAAAAAUGAUUUCAUAUUCCAAAUCUAAAACUGGAUAAUAGGGUAACAUUUUAAAAUUUAUUAUGCUAUUAUUCAAAAUGCCAAAGUAUUAUUUUUUCCCAAAAUCAAUCUUGACAUUUAGUACUUUUUAAUAUUUUUGAAUCUGUUUACUUUCUGUACAAUAAUUGGCUGAAUUUUGUGUUCUUUGGUUAAGAAAGCCAAUCAAGGGUCAGCCACCACGAGGCCAGAAUCUAAUGCCUAUGUCACUGUGGCCAAGGGAAUGGUGAUGUUGGAGGUAUUUUCAAUGAAGAGGGAUGUGCUUCUGGGCUACUUUGGAUUUUCCUGGAUGUCUUUUUAUCUGUGACUGUGUGAAGUACAAUAAAUAGGAAACCAGCCUGCAUCCCCAAACCAGUUAGACAUCUGGGUCUUGAGCCAUAAACCAGCUUAGUUAGCUUUGCAACUUCCAAUGUAUUUUAUUUAUUAGUUUUGUUGGGUUUUUUGUUUCUUCUUUGUAAAGUUGUACAGAAACUUUUUAAGAGAAAAAAAUGAAUUCAAAACUGGAUGUGUAUUCGUAACCUCAUAACUUUUAUUUGUGUAUUAUUUCUUUUAUUAUUUCAGUUAAAUUUUUACAUUAUUUUGCAUGUAUAUUUCUUUGUACAGAGACGUGUUUACACAGUAUGAUGUGAUGUAAAUAUUUUAUUUUGCCAUCAG